AUGCGCCCGCUGCAGAUAGCAUCCUCCAGGCCUUUUGCCCGAAGUGAUGGCGACAACCCACCGUGCAUAUGGUACCUAUCGACCGGCGGGAAGACAUGGGCGUGGCGGCCUUGCACCUGGUGGAUGGCGUGCUGGUUGCUUUCUCGCCGAAACCAUGACAAGGUGCAGCCCUAGCUUUGCCUACCUCAGCCCCACAAGGAUUCCCGGACCAGAACCAUGCAUUCAGUUAUCCUUCGUGAGCCGAAGCGGGAGCGCGUAUCCUGUGCUGUUUCUCUCACUCGUCUCGCUCGCUUUUCCGUACCUUGCCUACAGUGUGAGCCGCAGUGCAAGUUUUUCACCUAUUGCGGGUUCGUGGUCUAUUUUUCUUAUUUUUGACUUCAUUUCAAAACAGCGCUCACACCACUAUUUAGUGCCGUUUAUUCCAGCCCGUUGCCACACAGAAGAGCCCCUAUCUACCCUCCCCUCCUGCGGUGCAUUGCCUUCGAUUUUCAAUGGGAGAAGAGUUUUGCACUAAUUUCCNUCGUGGUCUAUUUUUCUUAUUUUUGACUUCAUUUCAAAACAGCGCUCACAGCACUAUUUAGUGCCGUUUAUUCCAGCCCGUUGCCACACAGAAGAGCCCUUAUCUACCCUCCCCUCCUGCGGUGCAUUGCCUUCGAUUUUUAAUGGGAGAAGAGUUUUGCACUAAUUUCCCUGUGUACACACGAACUAGCGCUAUCCACUAGGCCAACAAAGCGAGGGAAAAUCUCACUUUGCAACAAAAGCUCGCUUACGCCGGGAUCCGAACCCCUGACUUGACCUCUAGACUAGGAAGGUUUCGAGGAUACCAACUAGACCACCGGGGCGUCCUUAAUGUAGCAUCAAUUUAACACCCGUAAACCCGUCUACCAAGCGCCGCCGAUGCCGGCAGCGGCAGGGGUGGGGAAGAAGCGGUAUGCAUCAAUUUCUGCGGGCACACCGGGGAUCGCCUUCGAUCGAUCAGGCAAGGUACCAUGGUGGCAAAGGAUUAUAAAAUUCGUUUUUCGAUGGGUCGGUCCGGGCUAUGUCCCAUGGUUUCCCUCGCCAUCUGACAAUUAUUACGUACAUACAGGCUCGCCCGAUUAAUCAAAACUGGCG